CUUUAGAGACUUGGAGGAGAUGGAAAAUGAAGCCCCCAAAACGGUGGACAACCAGAUGGAAAAAUAUAUAGUGACCAUAAUGGGGAAAUCGGAAAGUCAGAUGGACAUUGUGGAAAAAUCCAACAAGACUGCGAAAAAGUCCUGGAGCGUGGUGGAGAUCGGACUUUCCGUGCUGCUGGUCCUGAUGACGUGCGCCAUGGUGGCGCUGCUGGUCCUGUACACCACCAACAAAGAGACUGUAUGCACGACAACAGGAUGUGUGACCGCAGCUGCAAGAAUUAUCCAGAACAUGGACCCCUCUAUAGAACCUUGCACUGACUUCUACCAGUAUGCCUGUGGUGGCUGGCUGAACAAGCACGUUAUCCCAGAAACCAGCUCUAGAUAUAGCAUAUUCGAUAUUCUCCGGGAUGAAAUGGAGAUUAUUUUAAAAGGUUUACUUGAGAUGCCAGAGCAGGAUGACCGUGAUGCCUUUAAAAAAGCCAAAACUUUGUACAAGUCCUGUAUGAAUGAAAGUCUGAUAGAGCAGCGAGACUCUUUACCUCUUCUGGAGCUCCUUACUAUCGUUGGAGAAUGGCCAGUGGCUUAUACAGAUUGGAACCUCACCAAAGAGUCUCAGUGGAGUCUGGAAGAAAAACUGUCCCUCUUGAACUAUAGAUUCAACAAGAGAGUGCUGGUUGACAUGUUCGUGUGGAAUGAUGAUCGGGAGUCCAGCAAGCACAUCAUCUAUAUUGACCAGCCGAGCCUGGGGAUGCCCUCCCGAGAUUAUUACUUCAACAGCGGAAAUUAUCAGCGGAUAAGAGAAGCCUACCUCCAGUUCAUGAUCACCAUUGCCCGGAUGGUGAGGGAAGACAAGAAUAUGACAAAAGACGACGCCUUUGUCCAGGAGGAAAUGAGCCGCGUAAUGGAUUUAGAAACCGAAAUUGCAAAAGCCACAUCUCCGUCCGAGGAGCGGAACGAUGUCACCUUGCUGUACAAUAAAAUGACACUGACGGAGUUCCAGCAGAAGUUUUCGAUAGAGGACUUUAACUGGACCGGCUUCCUCCAAGGCGUCAUGUCUUCUGUGAACAUUCAGCUUCAGUCGCACGAGGAGGUAGUGGUCUACGGGGUUCCAUACCUCAAUCAACUUAGAACAAUCAUCUCCAACUACUCAGCUAGCACUUUACAGAACUACCUAGUCUGGCGAUUGGUAAUUGACCGAGUCAGCAGUUUGAGCAGACGCUACAAAGAUGCACGGGCCAACUACAGAAAGGCUCUCUAUGGGACCACAUUAGAGGAAGCCCGCUGGAGGGAGUGCGUCAGCUACGUCAACAGCAACAUGGAGAACGCGGUCGGUGCCAUGUACGUCAAGGAAACAUUUGCUGGUGAGAGCAAGAGGAUGAUCAGCGAACUUAUCGAUAAGGUCCGUGAAGCCUUUAUUGAGACCCUGGAUGAACUGCAGUGGAUGGACAACACGUCAAAAGAAAAAGCCAGGGAAAAGGCUUUAUCUAUUAAAGAGCAAAUUGGAUAUCCAGACUAUAUCUUGGAAGACCAGAAUGACAAGCUAGACCAAGAGACAGUGACAGUAAACUUCAGCGAGCAAAAAUACUUUGAGAAUAUACUGGAGAUUUUAAAAUCCGGAGCACAGAAAAGCCUCAAGAAGCUCAGAGAACCCGUUGAUCCGGAUGCCUGGAUCAUUGGAGCAGCGGUGGCUGAUGCUUUCUAUUCACCGAAUCGAAAUCAGAUCGUAUUUCCAGCUGGAAUUCUACAGCCUCCGUUCUUCAGCAAAUACCAACCUCAAGCACUGAACUUCGGUGGAAUCGGCAUGGUCAUCGGACACGAAAUCACUCAUGGAUUUGAUGAUAACGGCAGGAAUUUUGACAAGGAUGGAAACAUGUUCGACUGGUGGAGUAAUUAUUCAGCGAUGCACUUUAAGGAGCAGUCCCGCUGUAUGGUUUACCAAUACGGCAACUAUACGUGGGAAUUGGCCGGUGGACAAAAUGUUAGCGGUAUCAUCACGUUGGGAGAAAAUAUUGCAGACAACGGAGGAGUCCGCCAAGCCUACAAGGCAUAUCUGAAAUGGGUGGAGAGACAAGGUAAAGAGCCAAAGUUACCAGGACUGGAUUUAACACACAAGCAGCUUUUCUUCUUGAAUUUUGCACAGGUUUGGUGUGGAUCUUACCGCCCGGAGUACGCCCGACACUCCAUAAAGACAGAUGUGCACAGUCCAUUCAAAUACAGAGUGAUGGGAUCCUUACAGAACUUUGAAGCUUUCUCCGAAGAAUUCAACUGCAAAAAAGGCACAAAAAUGCACCCGGUGGAGAGGUGUCGGGUUUGGUAGACGAAGUACAUCCUAUGAUCCUCG